AUGAAUGAUAAAGUCAAUAAUAAUUCAUUUCCCAUAUGUAUUUUAUACUUUAUUGGACAAUUAUUGUAUUCAAAACAUAGUUCACAUGUUAAUAAAGUGGUGUCAUGGCUAAAUUGCUUAAAUAAAUAUUUUGAAAAAAGGAAGUAUGGAGUGUUAGAUGUUGAAGAAUCUAUUUUUAUGUUAUUAUUUAAUAAUCAUGAGCUAUUAUCACAGAGGAAUAAUAUAAUAUUUGUCAAUGCCUGUGAAUUUGAAGCUUAUCAUUAUAAGUGGGUUGUAAUAAAUUUUUAUAGCAGAAAAAGACGACACAAAAGAAUAUUCCUCAUAGUGCCAUCAGUUUUGGUUCCUUCAAAAACAUUUGUAGUCACUAAUGUUGCUCUGUUUAAUUUAAAGUCUUCAUUAGCUGUGAAUCACCUGUACCUUCUAGAAGUUUAUUUUGAAAUAGAGCAAUGCAUAGAUAAUUUCUUUCCUCCUGAAGCCAAGAAAGUUGCUGUGAGUCUUGUUAAUGAUAAUCUGUUCUUACCUACUGGUAUGCUUACUAAAGUUGUUGCCAAUUUUCUGAAAUAUCCAAGAUACAUACUUCCUGAAGAUAUCUGCUGCAUAAAUUUACGAUUAUAUAUGGAUGAGUAUCAAUACGGGUAUUUAUAUUUCAAGGUGUCUCAAAUUGAAGCUGACAAAUGUACAGAUAAUUUUGACAUGUAUGCUCUAACAGAAGCAACAUCUUUGUAUGAUGAAGCUGCUCAAACUUGCUACUGCCCACCUAAGGAAUGGGAGUUGAUUAAUUAUAAGAAUAUUGGUUCCAUAAUUACUGUUUUACCUCUAGGCCUUGAACAGUACUAUUGUCAGAUUUUAAAGUGGUUUUGUCCAUUUUUUAUUCAUAAUAUCUAUGAGCUGAAACCUGUGUUUGUAAUCAAUGGUUCCAGUGGGGUUGGUAAAAAUGUAUUACUGCAUGCUGUCAGCAAAAGGUUGGGUGUAAAUUACAAGAAGAUUGAUUGUAAUAAUAUCAUAUCUAAUACUGUGACUCAAAUCAAAUCCAAUGUACUUCAUGCUUUUAAGGAAGGUAAAAGUUCCUCACCUGUUAUUCUGCAUUUCAGUCAUGCUGAGUUACUUUCCACUGAAGCUGGAGGAAACGAUCCUGAUCAAGUUGCAGAAGCUUUCUCUGAAAAUAUAAAAAACAUUAACCCGCAAGAUAAAAUAGUAGUUGUAUUCUCCUGUUCUACUCUUGACUCUCUAGGCAUCCCAUUCAUUAAUUUAUCUCUUCAGACAUUAAACAUAGAUAACCCAAAUGAAAAUGAAAGGAAGCUCAUGAUAACUUGGCUUGCUCAUCGUCUUCCUGUGCCAAUAAAAAGUAACAUUAUCACAUUUUUGACUACAGAAUCAAAAUCUUUCAAUCUUGCUGACCUUAAUAGAGUUUUAUUUCUAUCCAAUAAAAGAAGGAUCGAAUGCAAUGAUUCUGAUACAAUUGAGAAACAUCAUAUUAAAUGGUUUUUAGAUGAUAGAAAAGAUAAAGGUAAAAUUGCUGAAGUUGAGUGGGAAGAUGUAGGAUGUGUUGAUAAACUUAAAAGGGAAGUUUUGGGAUCAUUGAUGUCUUCAAAAUUCAUCCCCGGGCUGGAAAGGCGAGGACUCCUUCUGCAUGGACCACCAGGAACUGGCAAGACAUUGUUGGCGAGAGCAGUUGCUUCUCAGUGUAAUCGAACUUUUAUACCAGUCAAAGGUCCAGAGCUUCUGAACAUGUAUGUUGGCCAAAGUGAAGCUAAUCUUAGGCAAGUAUUUGCUAGAGCACGUGAAGCAUCUCCAUCCAUUCUAUUUUUUGAUGAACUAGAUUCCUUAGCCCCUAAUAGGGGUAAUAAAUCUGAUUCUGGUGGAGUGAUGGACAGGGUGGUUUCGCAACUACUAGCAGAAAUGGAUGGUCUUGAAAAUAAUGCUGAUGUAUUCAUUCUAGCAGCCACCAAUAGACCUGACUUGAUUGAUCCUGCUCUUCUCCGUCCUGGCAGGUUUGACAAAAUGUUAUAUAUUGGACCUUGCGAAGACAACAAUUCUAAAGAAAAAGUAAUGAAAGCAAUUACUAGAAAGUUUAUUCUCAGUGAUGAUGUCGAAAUUACUGAUUUGAUUUACAUGCUACCAAAACAGAUUACAGGUGCUAGUAUGUACGGUAUUUGUUCUUCCGCCUGGAUGGAAGCAGCUAGAGAAAUAAUAAAUGAUCCUAAUUUACCUAAGGACUCAAGGGUAGUAGUAAGGAAACAUCAUUUUGAAAAUGCAAUAUUAACUAUGAAAAGCUAA